AUGAUUCUCCAAUUCCUCACUCUUGCUCUGGUGACAGGGCAUGUAGGGGGAGAGACCAGAAUCAUCAAAGGGUACGAGUGCAAGCCUCACUCCCAGCCCUGGCAGGUGGCGCUGUUCCAGAAGACGAGGCUCCUCUGUGGGGCCACCCUCAUCGCCCCCAGAUGGCUCCUGACCGCAGCUCACUGCCGCAAGCCCCGUUACCUGGUCCUCCUGGGGGAGCACAACCUGCAGCGGCAGGACGGCUGUGAGCAGAGGCGGAUGGCCACCGAGUCCUUCCCCCACCCUGGCUUCAACAACAGUCUACCCAACAAGGACCACCGCAACGACAUCAUGCUGGUGAAGAUGACAUCGCCAGCUGUCAUCACCCACUCCGUGCGGCCCCUCACCCUGUCACCGCACUGCGUCGCCGCCGGCACUGACUGCCUCAUCUCCGGAUGGGGCACCACGUCCAGCCCCCAGUUGCACCUGCCUCAUUCCCUGCGAUGUGCCAAUAUCUCCAUCAUUGGACACAAGGAGUGUGAGAGCGCCUACCCUGGCAACAUCACGGACACCAUGCUGUGCGCCAGCGUUCGGAAAGGGGGCAAGGACUCGUGCCAGGGUGAUUCCGGAGGCCCCCUGGUCUGUGACGGGUCCCUCCAAGGCAUUAUCUCCUGGGGCCAGGAUCCCUGUGCAGUGACCAGAAAGCCCGGGGUCUACACGAAAGUCUGCAAAUACGUGGACUGGAUCCAUAAGACGAUGAAGAACAACUAAACCAUGAGAUGAUGGAAGGACAGUUGCCACAAGCCGGCUCCUUCCGUGUCUCCCUUGUUCGCAAUCCAAUUUCAGUUCUUUCUACCCAUCAGAAACCCUAAGCCAGAGCCGCCUCCCCACUCAGGGUGCUGCUUCACAGCUGUCAGCACCCCAGAGACCUGGGGCUUUAGAGUAAGCUGUG